AUGGUUCACUAUCGAAUGAUUGCUGUUGCCGGCUUUUUAGCUAGCGUCAAUGGCCUUCCUCUGAACAUCAACCUGGGCGCUUAUUCUCCCGCUCUGGUGGUCGGUGAUGGUGAAAUCUCAUUUGGAGGCGGCCAAGAUGUAACCAGUCUGCUGAACGCUUUGGAGGGAGCUGCGGUAAACAGCGCUGGAGCUAGCAAUGGAGCGGCUGCCAACAAUGCUGCCGCUGAAGAUAUCCAAGCUCUUGCGAAUCCCGCCACUACAACAAAUGCCGCCGCCGCUGAGGAAACAACAGUAGCUGUGCAAGCUACCGAGACAGUUGUAGCAACCCCAGUUGCUACCCCAGAUGCCACGCCAUCAGCGGACCCCAGCCAAGAGGAGCAAGUCUCCCAAACUGUGGGCGUUCAAGGAAUGGGCAAAGAGAUUGCCCCUCGUAUAGAAGAGCAGCAAAAGGCCAAGCGGGACCUUGCAGGCUUCGACCGAGCGCUCACCUACGCUGAGGCUGCUCUGACCAAGGGACCCAUCAUCCAGCUCGGCACUGGCGAAGGUGGUGCUGGCGUCGGUAUCAUCGUUGACAACCGCCCAGAUGCCGCCGCCCCUGGUGGUGAGGAGAAGCGUGACGAGAUAUCUCUGCCCCGUCGACGAACCAAGGUAACUCGCAUGUACCUAAAGCGCGGCAUCCCAGCUGCCAUACAGAACUCUCCUGAUUUCGAAACCCGUGCCGUCAAGACUCUACCCGUCGUCAACUCGCCCGCCUUAGCCAAGCGCGAUAGCUCCGACGCCAUCGAUGCUAUUAACCUCAACAUCGCUGGCGACGAAGGCGUGACGAUGACAUUUAUCGAGACGACAGAUGGCGAUGAUGACGAUGAGGCGCAAGAAUCCGUGACUACAGAGUGA